UCUGUUCAAACCAGAAGAAUGCAAUAAGCUCGACCCACGCUCCUCCCAAGUCAAUUUUGUGGCCAAUUCUGGCGACGCCUCCUUCUGUGGAUGACCAGACAUUCCAAGCAGCUCAUCUUCUCAGAUUGAUUUAUGUGUGUAUUGUGUUUUGGAAUAAACACAGGCUCGUCUGAAUCAGCUCUUUGCUCAGCGAAUAAAAAGCGAAUCCCACAGCAGUGCUGUUUAAACACGUCCUCAUCAUGCUGGGAUCCACUCUGCUCGGGCUGAUGGUGGUUACCCUGGUUUGGGGUCAGCAGUACCCCAUCCCACCAACCUGCUACAGCAAAGUGCUGACCAUGGCCGUGGAUAUCAAUGCGAGAGCAGCGCAGAUCAAGAACGUCUACGACGCUAUGGGAUGUUCUACACACCUGCCUGACCUGUAUAUUGAUGUGCACAAUGCGUGUGUGAUUUCCACCAUGAGCUCAUAUCUGUCCAACCUGCGCGGCAUCAGGGAGGGACGCUGUGGAUACUCCAGACCAGUGCAGCUACUGAUGACCAGCAUCAAUCAGCUGAACCACAUCAUUGCACAGAAAUGCCACGGGGAACUGGCCUUCACCUAUGAUGACUGUGCUGUACUGCGAGGCAGAAGAUACUAAGAAGAAGCAAAAUUAAGGAGUUUAUACCCAGCUCAUUCAGUACAUCACUUUAUGACUAUAUAUGAAGUUUUAUUAUAGUUCUAAACUUUUGCUGUAUGUCUUUAUUCUAAAUACUAAUGUUUUUGUUCUUUUAUGUGAGUAUGUUCUAUGUAUACGUUCUUUCACGUAAACUUGUUUCUGAGCUUCAAUCUUAUAAACAAAUAUAUAAAAAUAUUAUAUAAUAUUAUAUUAUAUUAUAUAUUUUUAAACCUUUGUUGUUCAGUGUUUUCAU